AUGGUCUUUUUGUUGGCAGUGCUCGGCAGUGUGAAAGCGGUUGGUGUGGUGGUGCCCGCCUAUUUCUACCCAUCCGGCACCGGGUUGAGCAACUGGAACACACUGGCCGCCAAUGCCAACAAGAUCGAGCUGACCGCUAUUCUCAACCCGAACAGCGGCCCCGGCACAUCGGCUGAUCCGAUCUACAAGACAGCAAUCGCUAAAGUGCGAGCGGCCGGCGGCAAAGUGAUCGGCUACGUGCCGACAGGUUAUGGAAAAAACGCGAUAGCUGCUGUGAAAGCCCAAGUCAACAAAUAUUUCUCAUUCUACACUCUCGACGGGAUUUUCUUUGACGAAAUGGCCAACGGCAACUCGGCGGCUCAUGUGAACUAUUACAAGACGCUCCAUCAAUUUGUCAAAGCGAAAUCGGCAAAAUAUGAGGUGAUCAACAACCCGGGCCUAAACCUUCCCGAAAUUUAUGUGAGCACCCCAGUGGCCGAUCGUUUCGCUGUUUACGAGAAUCCGCAAGCCAACUACCCGGCCUAUCGCGUGACUGCAUGGAUGGGGAAAUAUUCCACAAAUCGCUUCAUUCACAUCGUCUACAAUGCAACAGCGGCUCAGCUCAACCACGACGUGAACGUGGCCAUUGCUAAGCAUGCUGGCAGUGUGUACAUCACAAAUCUCAAGACGCCCAACCCAUACGCUCAACUUCCCUCAUAUUGGGCGUCUGAGGUGACGGCGGUGGCAGCAAAAGGAAAA